AUGGAUGGAUGGCAGCGAUUCGAAAAGUUGGAGCUGCCAUCAAAGGAGGCCUUCUAUAGGAAGCUGAAUAUGAAAGGAAUCAGCAACAGGAACUAUGCCUAUGCGAAAGAGGUAUGGAAUGUCAUUACCCCAGAGGGUGAUAACGUUACCAUGGGGGACUACAAUGACAUCUACCUGACCAUAGACGUACUGCUAUUAGCCGACGUCUUCGAGACAUUUCAAGACGUCUACUUGGACAACUACAGCCUUGAUCCCGCCAAUUUCUACUCCGCACCUGGCUUGGCAUGGAAGGCUGCACUCAAAUUUACGGGGAUUAAGUUAGAGCUUCUCACCGAUCCCGACAUGCUCCUGAUGCUCGAGAAGGGUAUAAGAGGAGGCAUAACCCAGGCCGUACACCGGUAUGCCAAAGCAAAUAAUAGGUACAUGGGAGACCAGUAUAACCUGGAGGUUGAUUCCUCCUACCUACAGUACCUCGAUGCGAACAACCUAUACGGAUGGUCGAUGCGUCUAGACCUGCCCACGGAUGGUUUUAAAUUGGUGUGGAAUGUUGAGGCAUUCACCGAAAGGCGGAUCGAGAAGCUCGUUGAUGAUAAUAAGCAUGGGUACAUAUUAGAGGUUGAUAUCGACUAUCCCAGGGAGCUACACGACAAACAUAACGAGCUGCCGUUCCUGCCCAAGCGCACGAUGGUCCACAGGGUCAAGAAAUUGGUGCCUAACUUGGAGCAUAAACGUAGAUAUGUAAUGCAUAUCAGGGCAUUAAAUGAGGCCAUAAUACAUGGGCUUGAGUUCAAGAAAGUGCGCAGAGUGAUCCGAUUCAACCAAAAGGCAUGGCUGAGGGCCUAUAUUGAUCACAACUAUACGGAAUAUACAAAUAUACGGAAUCACCGCAACAUCCAGCUGGUUACAAACGAGGACAAGUAUACGAAACUCGUAAUGAAACCGAAUUUCAAGGGCGGAAGCAGGUUCAGCAAAAACCUGGUAGGCGUUGAAAUUGGCAAGACCGAGGUCAAGAUGAACAAGCCGGUGUAUACAGGCCAGGCCAUCCUGGAUAUGUCAAAAAUGGUGAUGUACGAAUUCCACUACAACUACAUGCAGCCCAAAUAUGGUAGCAAGCUGCAGCUCUGUUACAUGGAUACGGACUCGUUCGUAUACCAUAUACGAACCCACGACUUUUACAGGGUCAUAGCCAACGAUGUUGAAGCACGUUUCGAUACUAGUGCGUAUAGCAAGGAUGAUAAUAAACCUCUCCCCAUGGGCAAGAAUAAGAAGGUGGUAGGCUUAAUGAAGGACGAAUUAGGUGGCAAAAUCAUGACUGAAUUCAUCACCCUCAGGGCCAAACCCUACGCUUAUAAGAGCCUCACAAAAGAAGGCAGUGGUCAAAAAGCGAAGGGCGUGAAGAGGUGUGUCACGAAAAAAUCAAUAACCUUCGAUGAUUAUUGGCGGUGUCUGGAAGAGGGCGUAGAUAUCUACAAAACCCAAGUCUUGAUUCAGAAUAAGAAUCACCAAAUAUAUACCCAAAAAGUGAACAGGUUAGCCCUUAACAGGGCAGAUGAUAAGCGGAUCGUGCAACUGGACCAGUUCAAGACGCUUGCCAGAGGCCAUUACCGCCUGGCGUCUACAGGGGAAUAA